AUGGGAGGCAAGCUGAGCAAGAAGAAGAAGGGAUACAAUGUGAAUGAUGAGAAAGCCAAAGACAAAGACAAGAAGGCUGAAGGCACAGGGACCGAAGAGGAGGCGACCCAGAAGGAGAAUGAGACCCAGGCGGUGGCUGAGACCACCGAGGUGAAGGAGGGCAAGGAGGAGAAGCCGGAGAAGGAUGCCCAGGAUGCUGCAAACAAGACCGAAGAGAAGGAGGGGGACAAAGACGGAGCCGUGGCCAAGGAAGAAGCCCCGAAGGCGGAGCCUGAGAAGACAGAGGGGGCAGCAGAGGCCAAACCGGAGGCCCCGAAGGAUACAGAGCAAGAGCAGGCUGCAGCCUCGACCCCCGCUGCCAGUGGAGAGGCCCCGAAAGCACCCGAGGCCAGUGCCGAUGCCCAGGCCGAAACCACUGCAGCCACUCAGGUGGAUGGUAAGAGCAAGGAGGAAGGGGAACCCAAAAAGACUGAGGCUCCCGCAGCUCCUGCCACCCAGGAAACGAAAAGUGAGGGGGCCCCAGCUUCAGACUCAAAACCUAGCAGCACUGAGGCUGCCCCACCUUCCAAGGAGAGCCCCGCAGCCACGGAAGCACCUAGUUCUACACCUAUGGCCCAGACCCCUGCAACCCCAGCAGGGGAGGCGAAACCUGCUGAGACCCCAGCAGCUAAUUCGGAUCAAACCAUAGCAGUGAAAGAGUAA